AUGGAACGAGAUGUCCGACGAAGCCGGAGCCAAUGGCGUGGUUGCUAUUCUUUCGAGGACAUCAUUUGCGACGGGGAUGGUGGAAGCAGCCCCAAACGAACAGGUGGUUUGAAGAUGGGCUCCACAUAUUAUUACUACUACGAGUUGGAUGAUGGAACGGAACACUACGACGCGUCGAUCCCGUUUACUACUUCUUGCCCGUAUCUCCCAGGUCAACCGGUCAAUCUUCUCUGGGUACCAGUUGAAGUCCAACCCUUACGCUUUCGAAGCGCUUCGAUGAGCUCAAUGACGAAUGGAGACAUCAAGACCAUGAACCCUGCCGACAAAUUCAUGACGCCGCGGGCUCCACCGCCAACCCCCAAAUUGCCGCGUCUAAACACAUCCACUUCGGUCCUCACGAAGCAGCGAACUGCACGAUCAAUUUCACCAACAACUGAAAAGCCUCAAUGGUCACCGCGGAUGUUCUUUGGUCUUCGAUCGUUGAAUUCGAAGGAUCAAGAUGCUGAUAGACGUGGUCGGUCGAGUUCAUUAAGCAAGGUCCAAGCAGAUGCCAGCUCCAGCUUGCCCUCACUAGCUCUUCGAUCGGAUGAGAUGAGGAAAGCCAAGUCGGUACCUCAUACUCGGGAGGUGUCUCCUCAAUCUUUCAAGAAGACCCCCUCUCGUGAGCCCUCACCCCUUCGCCAAUUGUGUUCUCAGGAGAGCAGCACAUACAAUUCGGGCUCGCUUGUGAUACCAGACGAGAUUGCAGAGGAAGCCGAGGACGAUGACAACUUCGCCAGCCAACUCAGCCGAAUGUCCAUCAAUGAGAAAGGCAUCUUCACACCCCUUUCUCCUCCACCAUCCGUCUCCCGCCCUCAAAUGGUCCGAGCCAAGACUGCCACAAAUACCUCCAAACCACUUCCACAAUUGCCUGAAGACUUCCCUCUGAUGCCUCCGCCUCUUCGUCUCCGCUCCGCUGUCUCCGUCACCGACCUCCCAAGGUCUCACUUCUCCACAUCAACCAUCUCUACGACUAUCACGUCGCCAACAGACAGCAGCUUCAGCAUCGGCGAAGAAGAUUCGAACGAAGACGAUGAUCUCACUGCCGACAUGGGAAGUGGAGAUGAGUUCACCUACAGCCCCGUCCUCUCAGAGACUCCUGCCCCAGGCUUAAACGCCUACAGUCUCCCGGAAGACCAAUAUGCCUCUGAGCAGACCCUUACAAAAGACUCCCCGCUCUCGCAAUUGACCCAAACAGCGAGUCGGGCAACCUUCGGUGCCUCCCCGCCAUUCCUCCCCAAUCCCGUCCCAGACGCGGAGAGCAUGAGCGCACUCGAACAGCUCUUGAAUCAAGUGGGAUACCUCGGGGAUGUCAUUGUCGGAAAAUAG